UCUAUCUCCGGCUGAUAGGGACAAAAUGUCUCCGGACCAACCGAUAUUACCGAUCAACUGGUGUGCGGCGGGGCAAAGCGCUGGCCGAACAUGUAUUGCUUACGAAUAAACGAGCGGUGCGUAAUCAAUUCUCAAAAACGCUGACAGACAGAUAUCAGCCAACCACGGCGACCAGCAUUCACUACUCAGUAUUAACGCUGCCGAUACCACGGCUAGUUAGUUGGCCGAGUAUAAAAUUAAUAAAACAACGCGGUCUGAUUUUAUUCUCGUCAAUAGUGGCCAUAAAGACGUUUGUCCUGAUUGUGUGUGAAAUGGACGCGGUGUGGUAGAAAGAAAAAACCAAAAACACAAAAACAAAAUAAAUAAAUAAAAAUAAAAAAUAACUGCAAAUUGAAUGAAAUUGGUUAUGUUCGAAAAAUUCGUGGACUUUGAAUACGUCGGUGAUAAAGCCAACGAAUCCCACCAACGCCAAACUCUAAACGGACUUUGUGAAUGUUUAUUUCAAGACAAGAAGAAAUAAACACAAUAAUUUAAUUGAAUUUCCGGUUCCGCAAAGGAAGUGAAAAGUUUAGUGUCAAUUUGCAACGACAAACAACAAAGCGUUCAUGAGAUGAGCUUUGACUAAAGCUUUAAAUUUACGGGUGUAUAACUACACUAAGCUGAGACUAAAGCUUGUUAACGAAUUUGUGCUACCACCGACCGAUACGGUGACAAAUUUAAAUUGUUUGUGUUUCUCUUCUCGCUCUGUGGGUUUAAAAAAAAGAUUAAAAACACAAAAGCCGAACAAAAAACCUUGAAAAGAGUUGCCGAUCACAAGAAGAGGAAGAAACAAUAGCAAACAAUAAACAAAAGCAUGAUAAAAAAAUAUAUGCUGCACUUGGCAGUGCUUCUUUUGAUAUUUGCCCAUCCAACCGAGGUUCUUGGGUCGAAUGAAAACAAUGGAUCCCUAACAAAGCACACACAAAACAAUUUUGAAACAUUUUUGCAAAAUUUCGAAGAUUUUGUGGCCUUAAAUGGUGUUAGCCGCGAUGUGUGUCCCGACGAACCAGAAGCAUCACCGUUGGACGAUUUUCCGGAGUUGUUUACAGAGGAACAAUUGCGCCAGGGCUGGGUAGUUUUACAUGUCAUUGGCGCCAUUUAUUUCUUUAUUUUAUUGGCCACUAUUUGUAAUGAUUAUUUCCUGCCCACCGUCGAAUGCAUCUGCGAGGAUUUGAAUCUUUCCAAGGAUGUAGCUGCUGCGACCUUUAUGGCCACUGCCACAUCCAUGCCGGAGUUCUUUACCAAUACCAUCAGCACGCUGUUGACAAAUUCAGAUAUGGGUUUGGGUACAAUUAUUGGUUCGCUCAUGUUCAACACCCUGGGCGUUGCUAGUGUGGCUGCAUUGGCAAUCAAUAAGCCUGUCCAAUUGGAUUGGUGGCCCAUUGUCCGCGACUGCUUCAUCUAUGGCCUGAAUACAGUUAUUCUGAUUGUCCUGGCCUGGGGUGGUAACAUUACAUUUGUUGAGUCCUGUAUUAUGAUGGGCUUCCUUGUCAUCUAUUAUCUGGUCACCUUCAACAACAACAAAUUCAUGCCCGCCAUAAGAGUCUUUGUCGAAGACAAACUGAAUUGCUGCAUCUCGACAAGAUACGAUCUCACCGAGCCGCCAGAGAACAGUGCCAAGGCCAAAUUGCCUUUGAAAAAGGAUCCAUUGACUGGUAACGGUUUGUUUGUGGUAAAUUUGCCGGAAAAUACAAAUUCCACAUCAUCACGUACGCAUCUGGCUCACUCCAAAAGCUGGGAUGGUGAGGAAGCUGCUUUGGAAAUGCCAUCCAAACUAUUUGCUUUGCCUCAUGGCGAAUCAAAGCUCAUGAAAUUCUGGUGGGCAUUUACAUUCCCGAUCAAAUUCAUUCUGAAAUGCAUUAUUCCACAUCCGGCCCAGCAUCGCAAAUUGUAUCCCCUAUCGUUUAUAAUGUGCAUCAUUUGCAUUGGAGCCAAUGCCUACAUGAUUGUUUGGACGCUGACGGCCUUCGGUGUUGCCAUUGGAGUGCCAACAAUUAUUAUGGGUCUUACGUUUUUGGCGGCCGGUUCAACCACACCUGAAGCUGUCUCCAGUGUAAUUUCUCUGCGAAGUGGCGAGAGCGGUAUUGGAGUAUCAAAUUCUCUCGGUGCCAAUUCUCUGGCCAUUCUCUUGUCUCUGGGUGUACCAUGGUUCAUUAAGAACUGCAUCCACUUUGGCGAAGACCAGAACAUGAUCAAUGUUGCUGCCCAGGGCAUCGAGUAUAGCAUAUUUAUUUUAAUGCUCUGCACACUCUCCCUGUUUCUGGGACUCAGCUUUACCGGGUAUCGUCUCACCAAACGUUUGGGCGGCAUUCUCCUGACCGUCUAUGCCGUUUUCAUUGUUUUGCAGAUCUUAAUCGAAAUGAAUGUAUUCUUCCCCAAGAAAUGCUAACACCAAUGAUCCGAUCUAAGUAUUUUAGUUGUCCUUAGAUUUAAAUUGAUUAUAAAUUUAAUUAAGACUGUUUAGUUUAUAAAAAAAAAAAAAAACAAAAACAAAAUCGCCUGACAAAAGCGAGCAAAAACGAAACGGAAUUUGUCCACAUUUCCAAAGAGUGCUAAAACGUAGUUUAAAAAUGUUUUCAAACCAAAAAUUAGCUGUGUUUUUCGUUAAUAAUUACCAAGUACAAUUUUUUU